AUGGAUCAGAAUAAAGAUGGGACUCGUGCACCAAUACCAGGCACUUCCUCUGCUCCUAUACGCAUCAGAAUUUUAGAGGAUUUAAUCAGAGCUCUUGAGGAACAUGGUGCAAGUGCUGAAGAUGCACUAAAUUCUUCAGACUUCAGACCUAUGGAUGAAGAGAGGGGGGAGGUUUUAGCAAAUGUCUUCAAAGGUAUAACAGUUACUGAGAGGAACAUUUUGAUCAAUCCUAUAAAUGUAUUGACUGAUGUUGAAAAGAUAUAUAGCAUACAGCUUGGAGAUGAGUUGCCUGAAGAUGUUAAAACUGCAUUUCAAAAAAUCACGUCAUACAUGGUUUUAGAUAGAGCUAAUGAUUUCUUCAAAAUUGGGGGACAGCAUGUGUUUCCUAUCUGCUUUGGAAGUGAAAACGAGGAAGUGCGGUGUAGAGCCAGUUGA